AUGUCCAACAUCACCCUUAACACCCUCGACCCCGUCCUGACCGGGACAGCAACAGUCCGCAUCCCCAUAACCAGCACCCCCGUCUUCCCCUCCACCUCAAGACGCGCUUCCCUCCUCACCACCCUGCUGCCCAAAAAGGCCAAGUCCCAACCCAAGACCUGCACCAUAAAGUCUACGCGCUGA